GCGCCCACGUGAAGGGGACGCGUGCCGCGCGGCUUCCGGGGUCCCGGACUGCGGCCAGCCGGGCUCCGGGGCCGGCAUGGUGAAAGCAAGGGGGCCGGCCGCCGCGCGCGCCCCGCGUGCCCCCGCGCCUGACGCUGGGCCCGUCAGGAAGCCGAGACGGAAGAGAAGGGUCUGGAGGAACAAAGAGCGAGAAGCUGGUGGGGCGCCGGGGAACGACCCCGGAGUGGUCGCGGUGCGGCCCCCAAAGGCCCCGGAGGACUUUUCCCCGAACUGGAAGGCGCUGCAGGAGCUGCUGAAACAAAGAUCACAGACUCCACAAGAGCCUCCACUUCUCUCUCAAACGGAUUCCAAAAAGCAGCCACAGCGUGUCCAACAAAGUAGAAACUCGAUCUCAGAUAAAGCAAAGAGAGAUGCGAUGGGGACGGAAAACACAGACCCUGAGGUCACAGGGGCCUCUGGGCCCUCGGGAUCACUGAAUGGCAGGAAGAUACAGGCGCAGCCCAAGGAGAAAGGGGCCGAGAAAAGGACCAGUGGUGACAUUUCUCGGCAGCAAGGCGACAUCAAACAUAAGAAGCGGAAAGCUGAGGAGCCGACUGCCCCCUUGCCUCCAGCCCUGCCCACCAAAGAUGACAUCUGGUUUGACGACGUUGACCCAGCGGACAUCGAAGCGGCCAUCGGCCCAGAGGCAGCCAGCAUAGCGAGGCGGCAGCCGGGUCAGAGCGAGAGCAGCACCACGCUGGUGAAGGAGCAGCCCUUCGGCGGGCUGACUAAAGCCUUAGCCAUGGACUGCGAGAUGGUGGGCGUGGGCCCCAAGGGGGAGGAGAGCAUCGUGGCCCGCGUGUCCCUGGUGAACCAGCACGGGUGGUGCGUGUACGACAAGCACGUGAAGCCGACCCAGCCGGUGACUGACUACAGGACCGCCGUCAGCGGCGUCCGGCCCGCGGACCUGGCGCAGGGAGAAGAGUUUGAAGUUGUUCAGAGGGAAGUCGCGGACCUGCUCAAGGGCCGGAUUCUGGUUGGACACGCGCUGCACAAUGACCUCAAGGCGCUGUUUCUGGGCCACCCAAAGAAGAAGACCCGGGACACUCAGAAGUACAAGCCUUUCAGGACCCAAGUGAAGAGUGGACGGCCGUCUCUGAAGCUGCUUGCAGAGAGAAUCCUGGGGAUCCAGGUGCAGCAGGCAGAGCACUGUUCAGUCCAGGAUGCACAGGUGGCGAUGAGGCUGUACGUCCUGGUGAAGAGGGACUGGGAGAGCCUCGCCGGCGACAGGCGGCCCCCCGCCCCCGAGGCCCGCAGCCAGGACGCCUAGCAGGGCCCCGCCCCAGGAGACCGUUGCGCCUGCGGGAGCUGCAACCGCAUCAGACGACAGUCGGAGCCCCAGAGCCCCUGGAGCUGUGAUGCUGAGUGCGGGUUUCAGAAUCACUGCAGCAGAGGUGCGUGGCGUGCGUGCUGCUGCGCUGAGCCUCUCCCGCACGGGGGGGCCCCGGGGCUGUCCCUGCGGUUCCCCGGGGCCAGGGCGGGAAGCGUCUGGUUGUCUGAUGGGUCUUCGUCACCUUCCUCUGGGGGGCCUCUUUCCCUCACUGCCGUCGGCAACGGGAAGAAAGGAACACUGGGACUCGGGCGUGGACCGCACGGCUGCCCCGUCGCCCCCUCAUUGAGGGAUUUUCUCUGCCACUUGGGGGCUUGGGGGGAUCUCCUGAGGCUGGGGUUCCGCUCGCCCCACCCGUGCACACCCGCUAUAUUCAAGUUCCAGUUUAGAGCCCACAGCAGGCAGGGGGGCUCGGGCUGCCCAGUGUGGUUUUCCCGGAGGUGGGCGCCUCCCGACCUGAACGGACGAGUGAGCGGGGGUGCCCUGCCCCGCCCGGGGUGCGGGCUCUCUGAGGACAGGAACAGCCUUCUGCACUGAGGGGAGCGUGCAGUGCCCUAGGCUACGCUGAGCCCCCACCAGCCGUGUGAAAAGUCCAAAGCCACCACGAAGGUUGUGUGACAUAAAUGCCUGUUUUUACUUGA